CAAACCAUAAUAAUGUUUAUCAAAGAAAGAAGAAGAAAAAAAAAACAGUAGAAGGAACCAACCCAACGAGUCCAUACUCCAUAGAUUAAACUCGGACAAACCAGCUCUGGUCGUGAAUGCAGCGGCGCGUGUGGCAACAACUGGAGUAAUAGACAAUACAUCAACACGGUAGCUUUAGCCAAACCCUAACCACACCACACAGUGAAGGAGCAUAGAACAAGUUCGUUACUCCUACUUCACUUCCAGUCUCACACUCACUUUCGGAUAUUGGUUCCACAACCGCGCGAGAUAGAUCAUGAGCCGCUACGAUAGCCGUUCCUCCGACCCCACUUCCUACCGUGACCGAAGAAGUGACUCGGGGUUAGGUGGUGGAGGAGCUUCUGCUGCUGCGCCUUCGAGUAGAAGAGACUACGAUGACGGUGGCUCUGGUUCUCCUAAGAAAAUUAAUUUGGAUGGGUUACCUCAUUUUGAGAAAAAUUUCUACAAUGAAUCGCCUUCUGUUAGGGCAAUGACCGAGGCUGAAGUUAAUGAGUAUCGUCUUCGCCGCGAAAUUACUGUUGAAGGCAAAGAUGUUCCUAAACCUGUUAAAUCCUUUUCUGAUGCUGCUUUUCCAGAAUAUGUACUGGAAGAAGUUAAAAAAGCUGGUUUUGUUGAGCCUACACCCAUUCAGUCCCAAGGUUGGCCAAUGGCUUUGAAGGGACGUGAUCUAAUAGGAAUUGCAGAGACAGGAUCAGGAAAGACACUUGCUUAUUUGUUGCCGGCCAUAGUGCAUGUUAAUGCUCAGCCAAUUCUAGAUCCUGGGGAUGGACCUAUUGUGUUAGUUUUGGCUCCUACACGUGAACUUGCCGUUCAAAUACAACAAGAGGCUACUAAAUUUGGUGCAUCAUCUAGGAUUAAGAGCACAUGCAUUUACGGUGGGGUUCCUAAGGGGCCUCAAGUGCGUGAUCUACAGAAAGGUGUUGAAAUUGUAAUUGCCACUCCGGGAAGGUUAAUUGAUAUGCUCGAGUCAAAUCAUACUAACUUGCGAAGGGUCACAUACCUGGUAUUGGAUGAAGCUGAUAGGAUGCUGGACAUGGGGUUUGAUCCCCAGAUACGGAAAAUUGUCUCUCAGAUUCGUCCAGACCGUCAAACUUUGUAUUGGAGUGCUACUUGGCCAAAGGAGGUUGAACAAUUGGCAAGGCAGUUCCUUUACAAUCCAUACAAAGUAAUUAUAGGUUCUGAAGAUUUAAAAGCUAACCAUGCUAUAAAGCAAUAUGUUGACAUUGUUCCUGAAAAGCAAAAAUAUGAUAAAUUGGUGAAGUUGUUGGAGGACAUCAUGGAUGGAAGUCGAAUAUUGAUAUUCAUGGAUACUAAAAAAGGAUGUGAUCAGAUUACUAGGCAGCUUCGCAUGGAUGGUUGGCCAGCACUUUCAAUUCAUGGAGACAAAAGUCAAGCAGAAAGAGAUUGGGUGCUUUCAGAGUUUAAAUCUGGAAAGAGUCCUAUAAUGACCGCAACAGAUGUUGCAGCUCGUGGUUUAGAUGUGAAGGAUGUGAAAUACGUCAUAAAUUAUGACUUCCCGGGAUCACUAGAAGAUUAUGUUCAUCGAAUUGGAAGGACUGGGAGAGCUGGUGCGAAAGGCACUGCAUACACAUUCUUUACAGCUGCUAAUGCCAGAUUUGCAAAGGAACUUAUAAGCAUACUUGAGGAAGCUGGACAGAGAGUGAGUUCUGAGCUGGCAGCAAUGGGGCGUGGCGCACCUCCUCCGCCUUCAGGGGGCUUCCGAGACCGUGGGAAGAGUUUUGGCAGCGGUCGUCCAUGGAGCUGAUGGAUGGAACUCCUACAGGAAUGCCAUUGAUGUAGCCUUAUGCAUUGUACUGUCCUACUCCCAAAUUAGCGAUUAUAUGCAAGGAAAGUGGUAGGAGUUUGGAUUUCUUAUUUGUUAGACUUCUUUUCUCCUCUUUAUUUGGUUGAAAUGUCCAUAGAACUUUGAUGAGCCUUGUAUUUACAAUCAAACAUUUAUUUAUACUUGACAGUUCAUACCACUAUAAUUUGUUUUA